UCGCUGUGGACCUAUCCUGUACCCUGGAGGGCGGGACUUCAUGUCGCGCUCCACUCAGGCUAUAAAUAUCACCCCCUGCCCUCCUUCACAGUCAAAAUACAGCCAGCCGUCUUGUUGGGGAGGUACACAGCUGUCCCGGGAAAUAAACAUAAAAGACAUACAAGUGAAAAAUGGCUCGUACCAAGCAGACUGCUCGUAAAUCCACCGGAGGAAAGGCGCCUAGGAAGCAGCUGGCCACCAAAGCUGCGAGGAAAAGUGCGCCCUCUACCGGCGGAGUGAAGAAGCCUCACAGAUACAGGCCGGGUACUGUUGCUCUGCGUGAGAUUCGUCGGUACCAGAAGUCCACCGAGUUGCUCAUCAGGAAGCUGCCUUUCCAGCGUCUGGUCAGGGAAAUCGCUCAGGAUUUCAAGACAGAUCUGCGCUUCCAGAGUGCAGCCAUUGGCGCUCUUCAGGAAGCAAGUGAGGCCUACUUGGUUGGACUGUUUGAGGACACCAACCUGUGCGCCAUCCAUGCAAAGAGGGUUACCAUCAUGCCCAAGGACAUUCAGCUGGCCAGGCGAAUUAGAGGAGAGCGUGCAUAAAUGAUUGGAUUUUAUCUUUUUAGUGUUGGGGGUGGGUGGGUGGGAAGGACUGACUGGGGGUUUGUUUUGUAAAUCUUGAUCUAUUGCCAGCAUGUGUACCACCUGAUUUUUGUCAUUUGUGGUUUCCGGCAUGUUUUUUGUUUUUUUUGUACUAAGUUUAUCAUUUCACUCCUGACUUUCUUCUCAAUUGGCCAAUUCACUGUAGAAUAGAUCUUCAUAUCUGUAAAUGCCGAAAGACAAUAUUCCACUGCCUUUCUCAGGUUUGCAAAUCUAUUUUAGAAUCUUUCCCUUUCAAUCCUCUGCAUGUCAUAGGAUUUCUUGUGCUGUAAAUAAACUUUCCACUACCUCAAA